AUGGACGCCGGCCCGGCCAAGGGCGAGGCGCUGUGCCGCGUGUGCGGCGACAAGUCGUCGGGCAAGCACUACGGCGUCCCCAGCUGCGACGGCUGCCGCGGCUUCUUCAAGAGGAGCAUCCGGCGGAACCUGGACUACGUGUGCAAGGAGAGCGGGCGCUGCGUGGUGGACGUCACGAGGAGGAACCAGUGCCAGGCGUGCCGCUUCAACAAGUGCCUUCAGGUCAACAUGAAGAAGGACGCAGUGCAGCACGAGCGCGCGCCUCGCGGGCAGCCCGGGCCGCCGCACCGCCCCCAGCACCAGCACGGCUACCCGGCGGCGGGGCGCCGCCUCGCGCCCUCGCUGCUGUUCCCGCCGCCGCCGCCGCCCCCGGCUCCGCACUUCCUGGACGUGCCCGCCUACCUGCACCACCCGCUGCUGCACCCGGCGGCGGUGUUCGGUGCCUCGCUGGGCCUGCAUCUGCAGCUGCAACCCGCGUGCGCCGCGCACCUGGCGGCCCCGCAGCUGCGGCCGGGGGCGGCGUCCCCCGCCGCCGAGGACGAGGUCACCAGCUCCGAGGAGGCGGGCCUGCUCCGCCGCCGCCGCGACUCCAGCCCCGCCCCCGCCGACCCCCGAGAGCGACACGGCAGCUUCGAGCAGCUCCGGCCCGGCGGCAGGCAGUGCCCGCUGCGGCCUCUGGACCUGACGUGUCUGGCGUCGCCCGCGGACAACGUGUACGAGUCGGCGGCCAAGCUGCUGUUCCUGGCCGUCAAGUGGGCCCGGAGCGUGCCGUCCUUCCUGCAGUUAUCGUUCCGCGACCAAGCCGUGCUGCUGGAGGAAGCCUGGAGUGAGUUGUUCGUCCUCAGCGCUGCGCAGUGGUCCUUGCCAGUGGACGAAGACGCGCUGGUGCACAACGCAGUCGCUCCUGCGUCGAGGCACGCGGUGCUGGAGGAAGACGCCCGGAGGCUGAAAGACGCGGUCUGCAGGCUCGGGUUGCUGCGGGUCGACCACACGGAGUACGCCUGUCUGAAGGCGCUCGUUCUCUUCAAAGCAGAGAGCCGCGGCCUGCGGGACACCGCUCGAGUCGAGCUGCUGCAGGACCAGACACACGUCAUGCUGCACGAGUACUGCGCGCCGCGCCACAAGGCGCGCUUCGGCAAGCUGCUGCUUCUGCUGCCCGCCGUGCACGGCGUGGGGCGCCAGUCGCUGGAGGAGCUCUUCUUCCGCAAGACCGUCGGGGACGUGCCCAUCGAGCGCCUGCUCGGGGACAUGCUGCAGUCCUCCUGCCCCGCAAACUGA